AUGCGCAUUAGAGGCAUCGACCACGUGCUCCUCCUCUUUCUUCAAUCCCUGUGACAUAAAACCCAUUAAAGAUGGUCAGUUCUUCGAAACAGAAAAAAGCAAUAGAGAGUAUCAAUGCCAGACUGGCCCUGGUAAUGAAGAGUGGUAAGUACACACUGGGCUAUCGCUCAACUCUCAAGAACUUAAGAUUGGGUAAAGCUAAGCUGAUAAUUCUGGCCAACAACACUCCUCCAUUGAGGAAGAGUGAGAUUGAAUAUUACGCUAUGCUUGCUAAAACCGGCGUCCAUUAUUACUCUGGAGAUAACAACGCUCUAGGGACAGCCUGUGGAAAGUACUUCAGGGUUUCCACUCUAUCUAUUAUUGAUCCUGGAGACUCUGAUAUUAUCCGUAGCAUGCCCGAAGGACAGCAGGGGUCAUCGUAGGACUUAACUUUAAAAUGAUAAUUAUGUAUCUUCAUUUUGAUUAUAAUAAUAAUUUUAUUUCUCAUAAAAAUCAA